UCGCUGUACCUUUCCCCAGCGCGCUCCCCCUCCUCCGUGCCCAGCGCAGCCACCGCACUUGGAGGGUCCUGCUCGGGGCGCAGAAGGGCAGGCGGGGGGUGCGGGGCAGAGGCUGCGGGGUCCGCCAGGGACUGAGCCGGGCCAGGAGGAUCUGCCCGCAGGAGGAACUGGAUCUGGAAGUGGGAGCCCAAGGAGGAGGCGCUCGGGGAUCGCCCGCCGCUGUUGGGCUCCGGAGGGGAAUUAGCCGGGGGGAGGGUAGGGCAGCUGCCCCGCUCCUAGGCAAGGAGGCGCCUGCGAAAUCCGGGCAGAGCUAACCAGAUCCCUGGGGCAUCAACCCCCGCGUCCAGGGGGCGAGGGGUCGGAGCGGCUGCCUGCGCUCGCCUCCCCCUGGGAGCCCUUCUGCCCAGCGGCCGCGGGGCUGGAGAGGGGUGGGUUGGAUUUGCAGGGCAGCCAAGGGCACCGGAGAGCCGCCUGCCACCCUCUGGGUCUCCGCCUGGGCGGGGAGGGAGAGGCAGCCGGCUCCCAGCCACGUGCGAGGUGUUUGGGGUGCAGGACUCCGGGGGCCCCUCUCCCAGCCAGCCCGACCCUAGUCCGGGGAGGCGGGCGCCGGUCCCUGCCCCUGGCGGGCGGCUGCGAUGCUCCUGACGCCUCUUGGAUACUUGGAGCCCGGACGGGGCCGCGAUGGGACUUCCCGGUGAGGAUGCGCUGGACCCGAGCAGGAGGCCAGCCGGAGCCUGCCCGCUGCUCCAGCCUGGCGUGAGGAGUUAAUCGGCCGUGUGGGGACUGGUCCUUGCGCUGCCUGGCUCCUUCGAUGGAGGGCGUGGACCCGGGGGACUUGACCCUGCUCUUCAUGGCUCGGGAGCGGAGAGAUUUCUCUCCCUCGGGACCCAGCAGGAGACGCAAUUGAGGAGUCUGGACUGGCCGGGCUUAAAGAGUUUCAAUGUUCUGACUUGGUCUAAGAUGAAGGUAUGGAAGUUUGCAGCCAUUGCCUCGAUGCUCCUCAGUUCCAUGUUGUCCAUUUUAGUUUGUAGAGACAUGCUCAACAGAAGCCGGAAAUACAGCCCCUUCCCUUCCUCGCCGUCAAGGUCAGCCUCCUCUUCUGCCUUGCCUGUAGGUCAGCGGAGAUCCCCGCGAGCCCUGGAGCGCCGUGACCCGCUGAUCUCUCAAUACAGUACCUUGUUCGAAAGCUACACGGAGGGUGAAAUCCGGCAGCUGAUCUCCACGCUGGUCGAGAGGUACAGCCAGUCCAUGAACUCCGGGGGGCAUGAGCUGCCGCUCUUCCCCAAGCCUGGGACCCGCAUGAAGCGAGCCCGGGCCCGCCACAAACCCUGUGCCCUGAAGGAGCUGGAGGUGAGCGUCAGCGAGCUGGGCCUGGGCUACGAGUCAGACGAGAUCGUGCUGUUCCGUUACUGCAGUGGUACGUGCGAGACAGCCGUCAGGAACUACGACCUCUCCCUGAAGAACAUGAGGCUCAAGAAGAAGAUCAGAAAGGAGAAGGUGAGAGCCCGGCCUUGCUGCAGGCCUCUCGCGUACGACGACGACGUCUCCUUCCUGGACACUUACAACCGCUACUACACCGUCAACGAGCUGUCGGCCAAGGAAUGUGGCUGCGUGUGAAGUGGGGAAAGGGAACCUGGGAAGGCUGAUGUCUGGAAGGCAGCGCCCAAAAGCCAAGAGGGCGAGGGCCUAAAGGGACAUUGCUGCGUUCCGAGAGUGAAGGGAACUAAGAGGGGACCCAGGCUCCGAGAGAGUCAAGAAGGCAACUGUUUCCAAAUCUACCUCAGUCCUGUGGUUGGACUCUAGGGGCAACAGGGAAACUCUUGAUGCCGGGUUGUGUUUUGAGAGAAAUCGAGGGGCCUUUCGACACUUCGACAGGAGCCUCCGCGCUCCCCCCGCCAGCCCGGUGCCCCUGAGUGUUGGGAUGCUCUAAGAAGGAGGAGCUGGGGAAUGGAGAGGUAGGAGGAAACACCUGCUGAUUUCCUCAGGGAUGCCGGCAUCAGUCUCACCACCAGCCUGGCAUCCACGUGGGCUUUUAUUUUAUUGCUCUCACGAAGGGGUUUAGCAGGAAAGCUUUGCUGGCCAAGUAUUUUGAGUCCAAAAGGUGCCAGUCGCCCUUGUCUUUGGAUGCAUUUGGGCGGCCAGCUCCGGAACUGCGAUCCAGUCGGAAAGGCAGAGUCAGAUUGGCAUUCCUAGUCCUACGAAAACUGAGGCCUCUUCUCAGAGGCUCCCCUCCGAGACGGAUUGCGGCCUAAAGAGAAUUGCACCAGGGCAUGGAGUUCAUGUGGAUGGAACCUUUUUGGAUGCAGAUAAAUGACUGAGCGGUCAAGAAAUAUUCUUUUAUAUCCUAAGAUCAUAUCUUACCCUUAUUUUAUUGUAGACAUGCAGUAUAUUCAUGCUCUGUAAAUAUACAGGAAUAUAUAUAUAUAGAGAGAGAGAGAUAAUUAUUGGUGGCAAUCGCAGAAUACUAUCAUUCCUUCACAGCCAUUCUGCCAACUUUCUAGUGAGGUCAAUGGACAACUAUUGGAUGCUUCCCUGGGCCAGGAUAGUGAUCUUAACAAACUCUCCAGUUGGUGGUUUUAACCAGAGAGAGGGGGAGGAAGAGGAUUGGCGUGGGAACAUGGGGCUGAUGAGAAUUUCAAAGCUGCCUUAAUUUUUUAAUAGGAACUGGGUGUUCUGAUCUCCUAGGCAGCCUUGAACAUCUCAACUUUACGCGUCCGUCAUAUUGACAUUCAGGAUGCGGCAUUGAGGCAGUCAGGAAAUGUGAUGGUUGAGAAAGAAGCCAUAAUUUCCCAUGUUUCUACUGCUUUGAGCACCUCCUUUGCUUUCCAUCUGGCAGGCCUUCUAGCUUGCUGAAAUAAACCACCGUGCCCCUCCUGGGACUAGCUUUGCAGGGACACGGCAAUAGAGUUACUGGUGCCCGUGCUCCAGCUCUACACUACAAACUUGCAGCUAUCGUGCUUCCGGUGAAGACGCUCUCAGCGGACGACAGAGAGCUCUCCUGCCGGCUUAAUAAUUCCACCACCGCGAGAGGUGGCAGCCAUCCCUGUCUACACGGGGGGUUGUCAGUAUAACCACGUUGCUCAGGACUGUGGAUUUUUCACAUCCCUGAGUGGUGACGUUGUACCGAAGUAAGCGUGUAGAGUAGACCUGGCCUAAGACCUGGGUUUGCAAAGGAGUCUCAGGGCAUGGCUAUACUUGCAGUUGUAGAGGGCUGGGAGCAAAACCCGCCUUCAGAGAGUGCAGCAGGAAAAACGCUGCCGAGUGUUUACACUCUCAGGUGGAAGCGCACUGGCAUGGCCACAUUAGCAACUCUUGCAACUCCACAGAGAGCAGUGCAUUGUGGAAGCUAUCCCAGCAUGCAAGUGGCUGCAACAUGCUUUUCAAAUGGGGGGGUGGAGUGUGACAGGGAGUGUUUUGUGUGUAUGUGGGGGGGGAGAGAGUGGGUUUUGAGGGGGCUGAGAGCAUGUUAGCAUGCUGUCUUGUAAGUUCAGACAGCAGCAGACCUCCCACCCCCCGCCUCUCUCUCACUCGCUCAAAGCAAGCAGCAUUCCUCAGUAAUGGUUCCUUUGUCCCAGAGCAGAUAAGCAGCCGGCUGUCAGAAACGGAGCUUUGAAAGGGCAUAUCCGCAUUCCUACAGCGAGUUCAAAACAAUGACAAAAGUGGCCACUUGACUUAAGGGGAUUAUGGGACGGUCAAUCAGAGCGCAGUAAUUCAACACCUCCUUCACGCUGGCACCAUGGCGCUCCAGUGGGGGCGCAGCAAACGUUAUUCCACGCGCCGAGGUGGAGUACCAGCAGCGCUGUAGCCGCGGAGUCAGAGCGCUCUAUGUGCCUUGCCAGUGCGGACGGGAAGUGAGCUAGGGCGUCCAGGGCUCCUUUAUUGCUCUGUAACUCGCAAGUGUAGCCAAGCCCUUUGGCCUUGUCUACACUUCAAGGUCAUAUCGCUUUAACUACACCAGUGUAAUUAAAAUGGUCCAACUUCCCUAGUGUGGACACGCUUAUACUGGUAUAAAGGUGCUUAUAUUAGUAUAGGGAAGGAGAAUAAACUAUAAAGCAGCUUUUAUACUAGCAUAACUGUGUCCACACUAGGAGCUGUACUGGUGUAACUAAACUGGUCAAAAAUCACACUCCUAACCCAAAUAAUUAUACCAGUACAAAAUCUGUGUAUAGGCCACGCCUAGGGGAGUUAGGCACCCAAAUUCCAUGGAGUUUCGUGCAAUGGGGAUGAUUAGCCAGUAAGGCUGAGAGUGUUGACGCUGCCUUGGGGCUUCCCGUUCAUUUUGAAUGGGAUUUGGGCAUCGAACGCCAAAUAUCAGCCUCGGACUCCGCUUUCUCAGAGACCGGGGUGGCUGUUGAGCCCAGCCUUCCACUUGGCUCUGCAAAAAAUGGGGGCAGGAGGGCACUGCUCCAGCCUGGGCAGUCCUUUGAAAGGAAAAAGAGUUCCCUGGCAUUCAAACACAACUUUACCUCAAAUGGGACUUUUUAAUGGACAAACGUUUGGUGUUUUCCCUCCCUUAGGGCCUGAUCCAAUUCCCACUGAGAUCAGCAGAAAGCCCUCCCCAUCUCACCAGAGCUGGUGUAGGCCUUCACAUCCAUUCUAAUCACCUCUUGUUUGGCCACUCAUUGGAACAAGCUCUUUCCCACCUUCCUUCUCAUCCGCUUUUUGUCUUAAGGCUCAUGCCAACCUACAGUAACUGGAUCAAGUCUCCAUUUCCUCCACCGUCGCUGGUGUCAGGUGACCGGCUCACCCGACCAGGUUGUCCUCAGUGCACCUGGUAAAAUGAUUUAGAAACACUCUAGAGUAGGAGAGAUGGGUGUUGCCAUAGGAUGGCGUUUUAGUCUGAGGGCUAGGGACGCAUUGGGUUGUGAUACAGCGGAAAACCAGCGCGAUAAAAUUAGGAUACAUAUCAGCAAUAACAUCCUAGCUGGAGCUGUAAUAGAAGGUCAAUGGCAGAUCAAAAAGGCUGGAUCCCAAUCCAGAAGCAUUGAAAUCAUCAGGUCCAUCGGGAGCUGCAUCUAGGGUUGCCAGCUUCAUAAUAUUUAAAAACCGGACCCUCCAGCAGGAGUGCCAGCACCUCCCCUGCCCUGUCUGCAGUUGCCCAACACAGGUAGGAGGUGGCCCCGGCUGAGUAGGGGCUGGAGCGGGUGAUGACUCGGCUCGUCCCUGCCUCCCGCGCCCACAGUAACUGGAUUUUGGGUGUCUGGUCAGUAGAUCUGACUGAGCACUGUCAUGUCCCCUUUUCGACUGGACUUUCCAGUCGAAAACCAGGCACCUGGCCACCCUAGAGCUUGCACCUCUGCAGAUAAGAUGGGGCUAAAAUCCACAGGAGUCUUAAGAACCCAACUUACAGUGGCCUUUGAAUGCAACAAGUGAUUCCCAUUCACUUCAGUAGGGUAGAGUAGCUUGUAUCAUGGGUGAGAGAAGAACCAGACCCUUUCUGUCUAUGGUUAGCGUUUACAGCCUUGUCAGUGUUGUUUACUAUGUGGGGAAAUAAAUGAGACUACAGACUUUUGCAGUCUCUGAACAGGCUAUAUUUGUCGCGUGGAGUAGCUGGUUUUCUCGUCUUGGCUCCUUUCCCAACUAAUGCAAAUGAUAAACAGAAGGAGAAUAUUGGUGUCAUGUACUGGGCAUGCACCAAGACAAUGGAAAGCUAACAGGCCUGGAAUUCUUUGAUUGUUAUUGACUUCCCUCUCUUUUGCCCAACCGUGGGCCAGACUCUGAUCCCAGAUACAACCGAUAUAAAUCGGAAGACACUCCACAUUGGAGUAGCAGAGAUCAGAAUCUGGCCCGCUUGUUUCUUUUUCACAGCAGUCAGGUAAAAUGUGUUUCUUCCUUCCUGUUCGCAUAGAUAAUUAGCAGCUUCGGCUGGGAUUUGCAAAGGAGCCAAAGGGAGUUAGGCACCCAAUUCCAAACAAAUGUCAAGGGGGAAUUGGGAGCCUGACUUUGAAAAUCCCAGCCCAUAAUGUGAAUGGGAACGAAAAUACUUCUUGUGUGUCUCUUCUGCGAGACACAAAAAAUGUAACAUGGAGAGUAAAUAGCAUAGAUUUCUGACCCCUGCCAAAGGUCAGGCUUUUUUGCGUUGGAUCUAAAAGCUGCUCUUAGCUGAACGGAGCCAAGAUGUAUCAAAGCAAUAUAAACAUCAUCAUUCAGCAGGCUUUGCCUCACUUGCACCCUGCUCCCAUAUAAAAGGGCUGCUGGGCUCUGAAACCCUAAUCUUUACCCUCACUUUUGAAAGAGGAGCCCAGCUGUAGAAACUGGCCGGAGGAGAGGGGAAUAAAGUCCACCUGUUGGAUUUGUCGACACAUGUAAAACCGCCGGUCAGUUUGCAAAAAGGCAGCUGUUUGCCACAAUGCUUUGCUCCUACCGGGUUGACACAUAUCCAGCUUUACAGCCCAUGUCUAAAGCCCUAAUGGGGAUGCGAACACCGUGCACUGUAAAGUCUCUUCAGCAGCAGGCUCGGCUAACCCAAGCUCCCGCUAGUUCAGAAGUGGCAAAAGCCAGCGUGCAUAUUUUCUAAAAAACAAUACAGUGAAUGUAGCAGAAGAAGUUCCACCUCCUAGUGCAGGCUGUGCACGAGAAUUCAGCCUGAGGCUAUGUGGUGGAAAUCCCCUCUUUGGGCUUAUUCUACAGUCACUUACACCAUUUUUUACUCCCCCGCAAGUCUGUUGUUUAGUGGGGUUGCUGCUGAUUUGCACUGUGGUCCAUGAGAGGCGAAUUGGUCCCUUUAAUCCAUUCCACCUGUGUCUCGGGCCUUUGCUUUUCAUUUUAUUUGAUGUGCCAAAUUCUGUGAUGUCUUAUGCCAGCCCCGGCAAGCCCUGAUGCAACUCCAAGGAGCUAAGAUUCUCCACUCACAGGAGCAACUGUGUUAAAGUCAGAGGAGUUGCAUCAGUGUGAAAUUGGUGUUAGUGACUGGAGAAUCCAGUUUACAGGCUUCCUGGAGAUUGCCCGAGGUAUAAAUCAGAUCAGAAUGUCACCCAGGUGCUAGGAAAAUCAAAGACACGUGUGAUUUUUAUGACCGUUCACUGUAGACAAGUGUGAUGAAGAUUAGCACUUUGCCAGAAUCAGCGUAGGGUGAUAUUUACGUCUGGGGGAAACCUGGGAUGCUAGCAUCGGUCAAGAGAUUCCAUGUGUACGUAAACUGAAUGUCACUUUUGGAGACAAGAAACCAGAUGGGGUGGACCACUGGAGCGUAGCACUUUGAUAAUCCCUGUGGUCCGUGGCAGAGCCCUAGAGAAGAUCAGUGCUAAUUUCUUCCUGGUUUUCAUUUCCUUUAGGCAUGCAGAAAAAUUAUGAUGGACGAAUUGAUGCAAUGUGAGAAGUGGCCAUAGUGUUUGGGAGCGGUCGUUCAAGACCCGAAUAGCUCUUUGUUUUCCUUUGCUCUUAUCCCCCUGCUGUUACAUCUGCUAGUCCUGGUUAUUGGUAGGAACAAGGGUUUGGUUGGGGAAUAUCUCUUCUUCAUGCACCACCCUGCAUUCGCUUGUGAACAAUGGGGGUUUUCCCAUGGAGUCAGUGGGUGCUCGAUUGGGUCUGCAAUCUGCUAUUACAGAGCUAAGUAUUGUGAAAGGUAAAUGCUUGUCAGUAAUGAUUGCAGGUGCAAAAAAUCUGGAUCAAUUCAUUGUGGGGGGGCCGAAAGCUGACAAAUAUUCAAUGGAUUUAUUCCCCGCAAACAGUCUGACCAGCACUGCGUACACAAUUACUGUUUAAAUUAUUGUUUCCAAGCAUGGCUUGUGUCACAGCCCCAGUUCUGAAUGAAAAAAUCACCUCAUACGGGUUCAGGCCGUGGGCCUGGCUGGCAGAUAAAAUAGCAUUAAACUUGGGAGCUGGGAUCACGGCAUGUUCUAUGUUCAAGAGAUAACAGACGCGCUCUUCCGACUUCUAAAAAAACGGAAGAUGAGUAAACGGCCUCUUGAGCAUUUGGUUCCCAUCCAACUCCACUCUAAAAGCAAACCUGGUUUUGUUUGCAGUCUCCGAUUUAAAAAGAAAAGAUGAUCUAUGGUUGGGGCCAGAAUGCCGCAGACAGGGAACAGGAGUUCUGUGGCUUGGUUUACUGGGGUAGGUCUUCAUUGCAGAAUUCACUCGGGUGGGAAACGGUUUUCCCAUCCCGCCAAAAUUUUUGAGAUUUCGAAAUGUUCCCUGUUCCACAGUGUGAUGAAAUCGAGACCUUUUGGAAUUUGUCUUGGAAAACAAGAGAGAGAAACACCCAGAAUAGCCAAUAGCCCACUCAUGGAAUAUGGGGAGACCCACUGUCCUGGGUCUCCUCCAACCACCCCAGGACUAUGCCCUGAUCACUGGGCCGUUGGCUACUCUGGGAGAUAGCGGGAGUAGGUGUCUCUCUUAUUUUCUUGUGAGAAACCUUCCCGAAACUAACCCUUUCCUGGGAAAACUUUUGGUUUCAAUGAAUCAGCAUCUUCUGACCAAAAAAACCCACUUUAUUUUCCACCGAAUGCAUCCAAUGAAGUGAGCUGUAGCUCACGAAAGCUUAUGCUCAAAUAAAUGUGUUAGUCUCUAAGGUGCCACAAGUCCUCCUUUUCUUUUUGCGGAUACAGACUAACAUGGCUGCUACUCUGAAACUUUUUUUUUUUUAAUUCCCAAUCAGCUCCACUUGAAUUAUCUGUAUGCCAGUUGGCUCCUUUCAUGCGAGCCAAGCUUGACUGAAAGCAGCCACACCACAAGGUAACCCUCGAGCGGCUAUGUCCCCACUGGGGCCGCACUCACACGUGUGUGGCACAAAGACUUCUGUGGAUAUUUAUCCCAUAAUGCCUUGAGCCUGCACUAAGCAGAGCUGCUCUGACACUGAUUUCCUAGUGAAUUCUGGGAGAGCUUCCUGUCUGGCCGCACAUGGGGAAUUGUGGGAAGGCUCUGGAGGAGCAGAGGUGUGGGAGUGGCAGUACCCUGCGUCCACACUACGGAGUGGCUGUGUUAGCAACUGAUGAGUUGUGCUCACUCGAGAUUUGACUUAUAACCCCGGACAGGCCAGCUGACUGCAGCUAAAUGCACCGCCAUACUCCAGUGAAGACUGACUGUGUGUGUGUGGCUGGGACUUGAGUUAGGGGCAACACUCAACUUAUCUUUGCAGGGAAGACAAACUCUUACGGUCUGAUCCAGUGGAAACUCUUCACAUCGGGCUCCCAUUGAAGUCAGUGGGAAUUGGGGGGAAGAGUUUGGUUUACACCGAUGUCAGUGGGGUCACACCUGUUUUAAGUGGUGUCAAAAUCAGGCCCAAAGGCCAAGAUUUUCAGAAUGUCUCAUAAUUCUGGGUUCCUGACCUGAGUUAUCUUAAACAACCCUGAUUUUCAGCAAGAGCUGAGCUGCCCUCUUCUCCCCGCCCCGGAAAUCAGGCCCCCUAAAGGUGUCUCGAGCGGGGCAUUGAGGAUUGCUGGUCAUAGAAAAUCUUGGCCUUUCGAGCUGGAUUCUGAAAUCACUUAUGCUGGUGUAAAACAGGGUUGCCAGUUUUGGUUGGACGUGUUCCUGGAGGUUUCAUCACAUGACAGCAUCUUGAAUUAAAGCGUCCUCCUUCGUUCCUGGAGACUUCCAGACAGUCCUGGAGGAGGGCUGGCAACCCUUGUGUAAAACAGAAAUGGGUCCAGUGAGCCAGCAUUAUAACCUGUGUGAGUCAGAAUCAGGCCCUUUGAGUUUAUUCAUGGAGUACGACUGUUUCCUGUAUAGCAAUCCAGCUCUUCUCCCUCUCAUUCCAGAAACCCACGCUGACACUAAUGUAGAGAUGGGCUAACUCACGGGUCAGUGAGAGCUACAGGUCCCGCUCUGGGCCUGAUCCACAGAGGAUAUGUCUGUUACUGCCCUGGCUAGGGAGUUUUAGCCCCAGCUGUAGCAGCUUGUGCUUCUGGCCUCUGUAGGUUCUCCGCUUCAGGUCCCCAGGGUACCAGCCAAGGUGGCAGGUAUCACAUACUUCUAGAAGAGGACGUGAUGAAUAGACAUGUGGGAAACUUAGAUUCAUAGAUACUAAGGUCAGAAGGGACCAUUAUGAUCAUCUAGUCUGACCUCCUGCACAGCGCAGGCCACAGACUCUCACCCACCCACUCCUGCGAAAAACCUCUCCCCGAUGUCUGAGCUAUUGAAGUCCUCAAAUUGUGGUUUAAAGACUUCAAGGAGCAGUUGUAGUGAGAGGCAUGGAAACAGGAGUGAGACAGGGAGCGAGAUGGUUCCCGUUGGUUGGACCUUGGCUCUGAUGUUGCAAAGGUGCCACGGAAGGAGGGACUGUGGAGUGACAUCUCCUGAGCCGAUCUCAGUUUCACCCCAGAGGAGGCUGAAUUUUGGGGUGCGGAGUGGGAGUGAAUCCUUGUGUACACUGGACCAAGUCCCAUCCUCAGAUACCUGCAUGUCACUUGUAUGUGUCCAAGGGCAGAAUUUGGCCACCGUUUGUACAAUGCGUUAGUGUAGUGCUUUGAGAUCUGGCUGGCUGGCCGGCACUGAAUCCUUGUGACAGGAUGGGUUGCCAAGGAAAAGUGAAGUUUCAUUAUAUGGAGUGUUGAGGCCAUCCAUUAACUCGGAGCUACCGCUGCCCUGUUCGCCUCGGUUUUCCAGGCGAUAGUUGAGGCCUGCUUUUUCUCAUCUUGAAGCUGAUGAAAAUGUUCUGAUCUAUCCGAAUGCCCAAUAAAGCCUUUGAAAGCCUUGCUGGCUGCAUUGUCAUUCUGGCUACCAACCUGCUCUAGCCCAAGGCGAUUCCGCCUGGCGUUUGCAGGCAAGGAGUCGGUUAGUAAAACCCCUUUCCAAAAAUCACAGCCCCGUUGUUAGUGAACAACCAAGGAAAUGAUUCAGGAGCACAGCAGAGGGCACUCGAAGGCCUGAUCUCCGCAGUGCCGUAUCACAAAUGUGGCCUGCUUAAAUUGGUUUGGUUUGAUUUCUUGUUUGAAUGUGAGUGUUAAAGUUUGGGUUUCAGAAUGCAAGCUCCCUCCCUUUGUUUAUCGAUGGAUCCUCUCGCCAAAGGAUUUUAAUGUGUGUGUCUCUGUCCAGUGCUGUAUUUGGGGCCAUCACACAGAGGAACUGUAAGUCCCUCUGUUUGUGUUACAUAAUAAUGUUGCUCAAUCGGUCACAUUCCGGGUGCUCCACCAUUACUUAUUCACUGAAAUCUGGUUUUAAUAGGCUCUCUUUCUAUUAUUUGACAAAUGCUUCUGCUUCUCCUUCUCGGCUGCAGUAAGAGAUUUUAGGCCGCCCAAAGAAUGUCUAAAAUGCAGAAAGGGCAAAAGGAUGGAAAAUUCUCUACAUGAAAGCAACAUUCAAAUCUGUCGCCUGGCUCUUUCUUCACUACCCCAUGAAUUAUUUAUUGUUAAUAACAAUAAACGGCGUGUAACAUCUGUUAUGAGGACGGGAGGGGGGGGUUCCCUGCAACUUGCAUAUCUGUAUGCUGCAGAUCGGCCAUUAGCUUUAAAUACUACCCAGCAAUAAAGGGCGGCGAAGAUAUUUCAUAGCGUUUGAAAAAUGACAAACUUUCCAGGCACGACAAAUUAGGAAAAAAAAAAAAAUUCUGGCAGUUGUGAUCAAGCAUGAGCAUUGGAUUAUUUUACCCUCUUCUGUCUGAUAAUGAGCUACAGCACAAUUCACUGUGUUUUUACUACAUAUCCAUAGCAUUGGCCAGUGCAAGAAGGAUUGUGAAGUUAGGAGACUAGUCCUUCUGUCAUUUAGACCCGUUGCAACUCCACACUAGUGACAAGAUGCAGUUUGUGAGGCUGCUGAGGAUCGCCUCAAUAUUUUUCAUGAUCUGAAGGCCGUGGCUGAAAUACUGAGGCUGGAAUUCUUGACUUAGUAAAUUUAUGGCGACUCCAUCCUGUCCAAGUCAGUGAUUCCACGCUGCUUUUUGCCAGAGUUCUCCAGGGGGCUGAAAUGGAGUCACCUCUGAUUUGCAUUGGUGUAUGUGUGAGAAGCAGCCCUAUUUCAUUGUUUUCAUUUGAGUGAAACCAUUGGCAAAUGGGCUAUUCCUUAUUUAAAUAGUUCCAGAAACUUUUUGUUAAAUCGGUUUGCCUAAUUUAUGAAGACAAAUUAUUUUUAGGGAGGGAAAAAAAUCUGUUUUCUUAAUAAACAGGGUUACUGAAUACUUUCACUGUUGGUUGAGCAAGGAAUACAGUCAUGGCAUAG